CGCCCCCGGAUCCAGCCGCGGAGCCCGCGGCCAGGGCGGCGCAGACCGGCCCGGCGACUCUCAGGGCUGCGCGCGGGGACGCGCGGCCGCCUCCGCCGAGCCGCCCUUGGACUCUCGCCCCGGGGCUCGCCUAGAGAAGGUCUCCACCCCUGGGCAGGAAAGGGACCGCCCACCUCUGAGGCCAGGUUGUGCCUUCUGUGCUCCUGGACGGAACGUCUGCAGCUGCUUCCCCGGGACUCAGGGAGCGAGAGCGUGGACCCCCCCCCGGCCAAGGACACCCCCUUCCAUCGAGAGGAAGGGGCUGAGACGGACCCUGAGCCCAGCCCCUGUCUCCCUGGCCCCCUCGGGGAUGGAGCAGCAGCCCUGAGCUGCCAGAGCCGAUGCCUGGCCCCCAGGGGGCUGGAGGAGCCCCCACCAUGAGCCUGGGCAAGCUCUCGCCCGUGGGCUGGGUGUCCAGCUCCCAGGGAAAGAGGCGGCUGACUGCAGACAUGAUCAGCCCCCCGCUCGGGGACUUCCGCCACACCAUGCAUGUGGGCCGCGGCGGGGAUGUCUUCGGGGACACCUCCUUCCUCAGCAACCACGGAGGCAGCUCUGGGGGCACCCACCGCUCGCCCCGCAGCUUCCUCGCCAGGAAGCUGCAGCAGGUGCGGAGGGCGGGGGUGCCCCCCCGGAGGACGGCUUCCCCGCCAGCGCCCUCGCCGGCACCCCCUGCCAUCUCCCCCAUCAUCAAGAACGCCAUCUCCCUGCCCCAGCUCAACCAGGCCACCUACGACAGCCUGGUGGUGGGCAAGCUCAGCUUCGACGGCAGCCCUGCCGGUGCCACGGACGGCCGCUCCAGCUACGGCCUGGACUCAGGGUUCUGCACUAUAUCCCGCCUGCCCCGCCUGGAAAAGGCCAGCGACCCAGACCGGGACAGCUCCUUCCCCGCGGAGCCCGAGCUCCGCCGCUCCGACUCCCUCUUGUCCUUCCGCCUCGAUCUGGACCUUGGGCCCUCCCUCCUCAGCGAGCUGCUCGGGGUCAUGAGCCUCUCAGAUGCCCCUGAAGUCGAGGCCCCAGGCCCUGCCGCAAACGCCCCAGCACCUGCCACAAACGCCCCAGCACCUGCCGCAAACGCCCCAGCACCCGCCACAAAUGCCCCAGCACCCGCGGCAAACGCCCCAGCACCCUCGGCAAACCCCCCGGCUCCCACCCCCGCUGUGAGCCCCCCGCCUCAUGGACAUUUCCCCAAUGGGGUAACUGCUAAGUUGGUCCCAGGGGCUGAGGUGAGGGCCAACCCGCUGGGAGAGGGUCCCCGGGUUCCCGCAGACAGGGCCCUGGGCAGGCACUGGGGGGCCAGCUGGGGGGUCGGCCGCCACUACACGGAGGUGGAUGCUCGGCGGGAGCUGGCGGAGGUGCUGCCCCAGGCUCGGGGCUCCUGGGAGAGCCUGGAGGAGGAGUGGAGGGCGCCCCCGGCCAGCAGCAGGGCCCCCGUGCCCAGCACCGUGCAGGCCCACGCCUUCGAGUUCGCAGAUGCUGAGGAGGACGAGGUCAAGGUGUGAGGGGCGGGGGCGAGGGCUUGGGACCUGCCAGCCGAGGGCCCCUCCUGCAGAGCCCGGGCAGACCCACCCCUGGCCUACCAGAGUCGGCUCCUGCCAGACAAGGUGGGAGAGGCCACGUGCCCCAGACUCCUGCACGUCUCUGCAGGGUAGACGUGGGACAGAGGACAGGAGACCCGCUUUGUCCUGGGUCUGGGUCCCCAGGGGCCGUGCUGAGCUAACAGGCCUCCCGUAGGCCCCACCCCAUGCCACCCCCACCAGCUGGGGCCCACCUCACCGUGUGUGUGACCUUCGUGCCAGAGGCACGCCACGGGGGCAGGGGGUCUCGCAGGGCCAUUGUUUCCUGUCCCGGUGGGACCAUUUGUCCCCAGUGUGCCCCUGCUGUACUCCCCAAAGCCCCACCCAGGCCACCUCCCCCGCAUUCCCACUUGUCCCAGAGGAAGGUCCAUUGCAGCCUCACGGGAAGACCCCCACCUUCCUGCGGACCCCAGACCUGCCUCUGGGGCCUGAUUUAAAAAGGCUUUUUGAUAAAAGGUGUCCUGCAAGAAGCUUGGGGACCUGAGGGACCAGCCCUCCUGCUGAGAUGCCCUCCCCUCCUGGGAGCUUCUAAAGCCAAGGACACCCCUCAAGGCCCCCAGCCGGGAGGCCCUGGGUUAAUGAGUCACGUUGCAGGAAUGCCCCGGAUAAGAGGCCCAGGUGGGAGCCCUUAUCUGCAGUUUCUGGAACAACCCCUGCCCCAGGUGCCUGGAGCCAGCGUCGGCCCACAGUCCCACGGGGCAGCUUGGCAUUUGCUCCCGUGAUAAGCGGGGAGGGAGGCAGGAGCUCGGUUGGUCGGUCGGUCAGUCGGGGUCAGUCGGCCGGCCAUCUGGGAGCUGCCCCGCCCCUGCAGUUCCCGAUCAGGGAGACGCAGGAACAUUAAACGCAUGGAAGUGCUAACCACAGCCGCCAGACUCGGUGGAGGUGGGUUUUUGUUGUUA